AUGGCGAGCCUGACCGAUCAGAAGAGGAAGAGCGUCGUCGUCGUCGGCGGAGGCGGCGCAGGGUCGGCCGUCGCCCGACAGCUCUCCAAGAAGCUCGACCCCGCGCGGCACUCGCUCACGCUCAUCACUGCGCGCCCGUUCUACGUUCAUCUGCCGGCGAGCCUCCGCAUGGCCGUCACCGCCGAGGGCAAGCUCGAGGACCAGAUCCUGAAGCCGUACGACGCGCUCGUUCCGGCGCGCGUGGGCGGGGUCAGAGUCGCGCGGGUCGUGGGGGUUGAGAAGGCGGCUGCGAAGGACGCGGAAGACGCGAGCGCGCCGCUGGGCGGGUGGGUGCUGCUGCAGGGUGGGGAGAAGGUGUGGUACGACGUGCUCGUGGUUGCGCCUGGGAUGCGGUGGGAGGGCCCGCUUGCGUAUCCGGACUCGGGGGAAGAGAUACUGGCCUUUAUCGGGCAAUGGCGGACGAAGAUCGAGGACGCGAAGGAGAUCGUCUUGGCCGGUGGUGGUCCGGUCAACGUCGAACUCGCUGGUGAGAUCAAGGAAUAUUGGCCGGAGAAGAAGGUCCAUAUUGUCCAGAGCGGUGAUCUCCCGCUUAACAAGGUAUAUCCAGAUCACUUCCGCAGGCGCGUUCAGCAAGAGAUAGAAGCUCGCGGCGUGAAUUUUAGAUUUGACGACCGUCUCGACGAGUUAGCGCCCGUAGAUGGCGUCGUUCACACUCGCAAAGGCAAAGUCAUACCAGCAGAUCUCGUCCUCAGUUGCCGCGGUGGAACUCCAAAUACCAAGUUCUUGGAGUCCUUGGGACCAGACGUCCUCACCGAGUGGGGUUUCGUGCGCGUGAUGCCCUCUCUCGAGCUCCAAAACCAACCAGGGAUAUUCUGCGCCGGCGACGUCCUCGAUAAUCCGGAGCGCAGCAAGCUGCGCGCAUGCUGGAAUCACGCCGCCGUCAUCGUCCGAAACGUGCUGGACCGGUUGGACGGAAAGCCUGUGCUCGAGGCGAAGUACAAGUGCGGUCGCGAGUUCAUCGGUAUCUCCAUGGGAAAGAGCGGGGGAGUGUCAUAUGUUGGCAUUUUGUGGGGGAUCAUCUUGGGGAACUGGAUCACGGCACUGUUCAAAUCGCGAACGCUUGGGGUUCGGAUGUUGAAGUAUUAUUUCUGA